UAUGUUUCUAAUAAAUAUAAAACACAAUCUAUUCAAAAUCGUUUCAAAUUUUUCUUGACGUUUACUUGCAUGUACACGCGGUUGGCAUUAACACCUCCCCAUUGUAGGUACUUCCGCAUUCAUCACGGAUUACUCAAUUUCAACACGAACUAUUAAGUUUGUAUCAUUAUUUUCCACAAUUAUCAAAUUCCCUACACUCGCGAUAUCUUAGCACAAAUUGCACUGAUUUUUUUUUUUAAUGCGUCCGAUUAAAACAAAAGUGUAAUAGCGACAGAUUAUCUUUGAUUCCAGCAUGAUUACGGAUUGGUUUGUUCAAUAAUAGCUUCCGAUAACGCCUAUCAGUUUGGGAUCGGAUAUUCCGAUAGUCAUGUUUAACAACAGGCAGUUGACAAUUAAAUCAGGAGCCAACAGUUUGUAUAACAUUAAGGCAAAGUCAAAUAAUUGCGGGAUUGUGCCAGCCAAACUGAAAAGAAAGAAUUGCAACAAUUAAAAUACACAAAAAUGUGCACGCACACAUUAAAACGAGUCAUGGUGAUGUGUUUGCAGACCUAGCGAUUGGACGAGCGUUUCAUUAACAACGCCUUAGCGAUUAUUGAAGGUUGCGUGCGAACGACUGCGCAUGUUCCAGAGCCCACCUGCUUUGAAGUUGGUUCACAUGGUAUCCAGCGAUCGGCAGACUUUCCUCGUAUCUAACUAACAAGAUACUCCGCUGAGAAGGCAUCUGGGUGCAACAGACAACUGAAGGAAUCCUCGGGAGGGCUCAGUGCUCAGCUCGGCGCACCGAGACCACUUCAAGCAACCGAUACUUUAAACACCUGGCGUGGAAACACCCUGCCUUAACAUUUCUGUCCCAGAUUUCAAAGGAAUCGCUAUGACAUCGACCCAUUGACGAAAAUACUUAAGUAUCAAAAAGUUCACGGUGAGGUUUGGGCAGCGAGAGCACCUGCAGUUCUUUGAUUUUUGUUGUGGUCGCUAUGUCUAAACCUGCGGAUCACGUUAAGCGCCCCAUGAACGCUUUCAUGGUCUGGUCCAGGGCGCAAAGGAGGAAAAUGGCCCAGGAAAACCCCAAAAUGCAUAACUCGGAAAUCAGCAAGAGGCUGGGUGCCGAGUGGAAACUUUUAACCGAAUCAGAAAAGAGACCGUUCAUUGACGAAGCCAAACGGCUCAGAGCAUUGCACAUGAAGGAGCACCCGGAUUACAAGUAUCGACCCAGGCGCAAGCCUAAGACGCUGCUAAAGAAAGACAAGUUCGCUUUCCCCAUGCCUUACCUGGCGGACCAAGAAGGACUGAAGUCCGCCGCCCUGUCCGCCAGCAUUCUGCCGGACUCCUUGCUCAGUUCGGCUGAGAAAGCCAGGCUUUUUUUCCCACACGUUGCGAGCCCGUACUCACUCUUCGAGGCAAGUCACCUGGGGUCAAAAAUGAGCGAGAUUGCGCCCACUUCCCUGGCUUCCUUGCAAUAUGCCUCACCACUAGCUUACCAAAGUGGAGCGAGUGCUGCCGCGGCCGCUGCAGCCGCUGCAGCGGCCGCCUUUGGCGGGGCUCACACUCACACGCACCCGUCACCGGGCAAUCCUGGCUACAUGCUGCCGUGCAAUUGCACUGGCUGGCCGGCUUCAGGACUGCAGCCCCCUCUCGCCUAUAUCCUUCUCCCGGGGAUGAGUAAACCCACAUUGGAACCCUACCCUGCCUAUGCAACUGCAUUAUGACAUGAAGCAAAAAGUUUCUUUUAAAAGCAAGACUGUAUUGCAUUUAAAGGAAAAAUAAUCAACGAGUAGUUUGCUGACAGCUAUGGUGUGCGAUGUUUUGGAAUAAAUAACUUCUCAGACAAUUGUUCUCAAAUCAUUGCGUGUCCAAAUCUUUUUGGGAAGACAAGGGACAACUGUAAUUGUUUGCAAAACAGACCACUGACCGCAACUAAAGCCCCUUGUUCGACUGUAUUAAUGUAUUUCGAAAAUUGACGAAUGAAUUAGAGGGAACUGCGCUAUCAAAUCCAUCAAAAGGGUGCGGAAACGCCAAGGAAAUACUAUAAAUGUACAAAAACAGUUGCAGUGGACGAAUUAUUGAAUGUUUCAGACAAUUAGAUUCAGCCCUGGAAGUUUCACUUGCUCAUCUAUACUGUACUUCGGCAGAAUCUAAUCUAGAGACAUUCAAUCAAAUUGUAAAUAUGUGUAAAAAGUCACGAUUGCCAUGUUUAUAGUUGUGCAUACAUCAUGAAACGCGUGAAAAACGAGCUGGACAAGCAACAACAAGAAAGGACUGUACAUUUGUAAAUAUUGUAGGUUUUAUUUUGGGUUUGAGACCUAGUAUUCCCUUCAUUCGUCUUGCCAAAAGCGAAUUGUAGAGCCGAACCUACGCGAACAACUAUACACGUUGAUG